AUGAAUCAAUCCGAACGCAUCAUUCCAUUACCAUGCCUUCCGACAUACAUCGCACGUCGUCCAGUUCGUUCCCAAUCAGCUUGUAAACAUACAGUAAAUGGAUACAAUCCGAUUUUUUCACGUAAUUGGGAAAAAGCUUAUUUAAAUCAUACAACAUACUAUCAUAACUAUGUUCAUUCACCGUUUAUAAAUAUUGAGCUUGAUCAAAAUCAAAUUACUUCAAAACAAUAUGAUACAUAUAGACCACAUUAUCGUCCACGUGUCGAAAUAAAUCUAACUGAUUCGUACAAUCGAAUUCGUCCAUUAACUGUUCCACAUCAUACAACGCGAACAAGUGAAAAAUGGUCUCGAUUCCUUGACGGAUAUACCGAUCGAUUCAAAAUUGACUAUCCAACACCUGACAAUGAAAAUCAUUUUUAUGUCUCAAGUCGACCAGGACGUUUUCCCUGUUCAACAAAUCAAUAA